AUUUUUUUAUUUUGUCUGCCUGUUGACAAGCUAUCAGCUGUAUUGCCUUUUAUGUAGAUGCCAAAAACAAAACAAUAUUGAAUGGCUUCAAGCCUUCAAUUAAAUUAGCAGUUGAAUCAUGAAAAUAUUUACAAAAUUACCAAUACAGUAUUUACAAUGGUCAAUUAAGAAGAAAAUGACAUAGAUGCCCAAGAAAAUGGUACCAAAUGAGUGGUUGGAGCCGGUGAACAGAGUAGGUGACGUAUUUAUAUCGCUUUCGGGUGCAUUGCAGGUGGCUCUGCUUGGUUAUCUUAUAUUUUUUGAUGACAAUGAGUCGCUGUAUUGCGCUCUUAUGAACUGGCCCUGGUCAGUGAAACAGAGCAUCCUCCAUGUCUAUGCCUACUUGAACCUGGCAUUAAUGCUGCUUUUGUGCAGCCUAAUAUACGCGUGCCACUCAGAUGCUAUGGGCGAGUUUCUUGAACUGCAUCCGAUAAUAUGUGCGAUAGGUAUUAAUGUGGGACUAUUUGUAUCGAUGCUUUCCAUGCACAAUUUAGACUACCGUACGCAAUACAAACCGAAAAUGUUCUUCUUUGUAAUGCAUAGUAUGCUGGCUGCACCAUCGAUAUGCCGCCUUGGAUCCGACGUCUGUUUGCAGUCUCUCGGUUACACAGUGCAGCUUCUCAUCCUGGCCACAGGAGUCGCUCUCUUAGCCGAUAAAAACUUUCACAAGCACCUCACCUACCCACUAUCAAAACUAAACAGCAUCAUAUUUGCAGCAUCGAUUUGCAGCUCAGUUCUUGGCAAUCCUGCUAAAAACUUGCUAGAAAUAACCAUUUUUUGUAUCAAUAUUCACGUAGGACUACCUUUUUUCUUAUGGAUGUACACAGUUAACACGCAGAUGAUGUUGUGCCAUGCAAACGAAGAGCCCGAAAAUUUUGAUCCUGUCUAUAUAGCUUCGGUGAUGCUCGUCAACCUUCUCAACAUAUAUGUUCGCCUCACAACUAUCACCGCACUGACUAUGAAUCUCAAGAAAUUGAAUCAACUUUGAACAUAAUAAAUUAGUAUGUACCGCACAAAAUAGGAUAUUUCAAAUAAAUUACCAUUCAUGUAUAAUAAUCGGACAAACUUAAAAUAUAAAAUAAAAAAUUGGAUGGAAAGUUUUAUUUUUGAGAAAUUCUUAUGAUAAAUGCAGUAAUAAUUUCUUAUAGAAGUUAUAUAAGUUCACUAAAUAAGAAAUUGUGGAAUAAAAACAAAAUAAUAUGUCUUUCUUACUAUAAUAUAUAUUUUAUUAUUCUAUUCCAGUAUAAUAUACGAAAUAUUAUAUUUUUAUUUUAAAAUGGAAGGAGCAAUUAUGUUUCACAAUCUCCGAAAACAUUAUUAGGAUAAAAGUAGCCUUCAACAAAAUUCAACUUUGCAGAGGUAUGUAAUAUACUGCAAUUUAAAAA